AUGUACCGUGCCCAGUUCCCGUUCCCCCCGUACUUCCCCUACGGCACCCCGCCCGCCCUCUUUGCCCACCCCUCGCCACUGCCGGCCUCGCCUGCCGCCAUGAACCUCGCCUCGCCGCUGCCCUCGUCCGGCUGGUACUCGCCGAGCCCGGCACUGUCGAGUGCGCCGGUGGGCGCCGCCUACGGCUUCGGCAUGCCCUCGCCUGCCCGUCCGGCCGCCUACCCCUCGCCGCUAGUGGCCAUGUCGUUCUCGCCGGCCCAGCCCGGCCCGCCGGCCUUCCACCCGCCGGCCUACUCGCCGCUCGCCGCCUACUCACCCUUUGCCCGUCGCGCCCAUCACAUGCCGCCGCCGCCAUCAUCUCCGUCGAUGCGCGGCUUGCGGUCGCGCGCCGCCGCCGGUGCUGCCCGCGCCUCGGCCGCUGCCGCCGCCAACGGCAUCUCCAUGUCCGCCAUCACCCCGCAGAUCCGCCCGCGCCCGGCCUUUACCAUCUCACGCCUCGAGACUGCGGCGUACGAGGGUCAGAAGCCUGGCACCUCGGGCCUCCGCAAGAAGGUCGCCGUCAUGCAGCAGCCCAACUACGUGGCCAACUUUGUCCAGGCCAUCUUUGACGCUGUCGACGACCUCGCUGGCGCCACCCUUGUGGUCGGUGGCGACGGCCGCUUCUACAACGACGUCGUCAUCCAGCUCAUCGUCCGCAUGGCUGCCGCAAACGGCGUCGGCAAGCUCAUCGUCGGCCAGAACGGCAUCCUCUCCACCCCUGCUGUCUCCGCCCUUGUCCGCGACUUUGGCGCCGCAGGCGGCAUCAUUCUCACCGCCUCGCACAACCCGGGCGGCCCCGAUGGCGACCUUGGCAUCAAGUACAACAUCGGCAAUGGUGGGCCCGCUCCCGACGCCGUCACCGCCGCAAUCUACGACGCCACAAAGUCCAUCUCGCGCAUCCUCACCGCAGACGACAUCGACGACAUCGCCCUCGCCACCCCGGCCCGCUACACCUUUGCUGGCUCUGACUUUGAGGUCCAGGUCGUUGACUCGGUCGCCAACUACGUCGACAACAUGAAGCGCAUCUUUGACUUUCCGGCAAUUUCCAGCCUUCUCACAUCGGGCUCUUUCUCUAUGGUCUUUGACGCCAUGCACGGUGUCACAGGGCCCUACGCCACCGCCGUUCUCGUCGACGAGCUUGGCGCCCCGCCCUCGUCCGUCAUCAACGGCACUCCGCUGCCCGACUUUGGCGGUGGCCACCCGGACCCGAACCUCACCUACGCCCACGACCUCGUCGAGCUCAUGAACUCGGGCAAGUACGACUUUGGCGCCGCCUCGGACGGCGACGGCGACCGCAACAUGGUCCUCGGAAACCAGUUCUUCGUCAACCCGUCCGACUCGGUCGCCAUCAUCGCCGCACAUGCCAACGACACCAUCCCCUUCUUUGCCCGCUCGCCGCUCACAGGCCUCGCCCGCUCCAUGCCCACCUCCCAGGCCCUCGACCGCGUCGCCGCGCAUCUCGGCCUGGAGCUCUACGAGACUCCCACCGGCUGGAAGUACUUUGGCUCGCUCAUGGAUGCCGGCCUCAUCUCCAUCUGUGGUGAGGAGUCCUUCGGCCAGUCGUCUGUUCACAUCCGCGAGAAGGAUGGCCUCUGGGCUGUCCUCGCCUGGCUCUCCAUCCUCGCCGCCAACCCGGGCUCCUCCGUCGAGGACAUCUGCACCCGCCACUGGGCCUCCUAUGGCCGAAACUACUUUACCCGCUACGACUUUGAGGAAGUCGACUCGGACGGCGCCGCAGAGCUCAUGGCCCGCCUCGUCCGCAAGCUCGACUCUUGGGUCGGCGGCAAGCUCGACGCCGGCUACGUCGUCCGCCACGCCGACGAGUUUGCUUACGUCGACCCCGUCAACGGCGCCCGCGCCUCCAACCAGGGCAUCCGUUUCCUCUUUGAUGACGGUUCGCGCAUUGUCUUCCGCCUCUCGGGCACGGGCUCCUCCGGCGCAACCAUCCGUGUCUACAUCGAGCAGUACGAGCCCGACGCCUCAGAGGCCUCCACCCCAGCCUCCGAGAAGCUCGCCCCGCUCGUCAACCUCGCCCUCUCCAUGUCGCGCAUGGAAGAGUACACCGGCCGCACAGAGCCGACAGUCAUCACCUAAGCCUCUUCUCUUGGCCUCGAUAACACUCGCACAUAAUCUGC